AUGGCACCAGCACUUUGCGCCAUCUGCAAAACUGCUAGAGCUUUGAUAGUACGGCCAAAAGACCACCAGAAGCUCUGCAAGGAGUGUUUCAUUGCGGUGUUUGAAGCCGAAAUCCACCAUACUAUCACAUCUACAUCCCUUUUCGCACCCGGAGACCGAAUAGCAAUCGGCGCAUCUGGCGGAAAAGACUCGACGGUCCUUGCCUCCGUUCUCAAAACCCUAAACGAACGCUACAACUACGGGUUGGAACUCGUCCUACUCAGUAUCGAUGAAGGAAUCAAAGGGUAUCGAGAUGAUUCGCUCGAGACGGUCAAGAGAAAUGCUGUCCAAUACGACAUGGCACUGAAGAUUGUGGGCUACGAUGAGCUAUACGGCUGGACGAUGGACCAAGUUGUGGAAACCAUCGGCAAGAAAGGGAACUGCACAUAUUGUGGGGUGUUCCGGAGGCAAGCCCUCGAUCGCGGGGCGAAGAUGCUGGGAAUCAAGCAUGUUGUGACUGGGCAUAAUGCGGACGAUGUUGCAGAGACUAUCUUGAUGAACCUCUUAAGAGGAGAUUUACCUAGAUUGGCACGAACAACGAGCAUUGUCACUGGAGACGCGACGAGCGAUGUUAGACGGAGUAAACCUCUGAAGUAUGCAUAUGAGAAAGAAAUUGUUUUAUAUGCACAUCAUAAAAAGCUAGAUUACUUCAGUACGGAAUGUCUUUAUAGCCCGGAGGCAUUCAGAGGCAGCGCACGGAGCUUAAUCAAAAACCUAGAGAGGGUACGACCCACAGCUAUCCUGGAUGUCGUACGGAGCGGAGAGGAUAUGGCAAAGCUGGUGCCGGACGAAGUGACUGGGGGCAGCCAUUGCAAAAGCCAAAAGGUCUCGUUAUCAAGCGCUGAUGACGAAGACGAAGCCGCAGGUGGCUGUGGCAGUACAAGUGGCCGAAACAGCGGCGGAGAGAUGGCCGACAUGGAGAAAAAAUUACAGCAAGAUGAAGAGGCGUCAUCAAGGGAGAUAGAUGCCUCCUCACUGAUCUCAAAUCCGGACGGCCAAAGACAUGAUAGAAUAGCUAAUAAUGCAGAAACUGGGAAAACUGUCAGAAAAGAGGUUGGCCGAAAGCUUCCCCGGCAAACCCUGGGAAGCUGCAAGAAAUGUGGUUACAUGUCCAGUCAAGAUAUCUGCAAGGCAUGCACGCUUCUCGAGGGGCUCAAUAAGAAUCGGCCAAAGAUGCAGAUCGAGGUCGAUGUCGAGGAUGAAGAGAGCUCCACGCUAAGGAGAAGAAUGGAGGGCCUGGCUCUUGCAGCUGGAUGA